AUCAUAAAAACAUUUUUCUUUUCUUAAACAUUUCUGCAAGAAAUACUCCAUAAAGAUGCAUGUAAACGGUCACGUAUUCAUUAUUUAGCGUAAAGUAACCUUUUUCUUCCAUUCCCAACGACAACAACAACAGCUCCACUACCUACCGUUACCGUUCCGUUUUUCCGUUACCCUUAUUUCCCCAUAUGGAUUCCGGCAACGGCGCCGCUGCCAAUAAUUCCCGUUACCACCGUAAACCGCCGUACUCCGAUCGUCUCCUCCGUAUUUUCUCCACCGCUCAACCCUCUACCACCGCCGGAGAUGAGCUGAGCGAACACGACAUCUUCGACGCGCUAUCCGACUCCAAUAUUCCUUCAACUUCAACAAGCCCUAACGCUAAUCAUCAUCGCUCCCACCCCAGACAUUUCGGUAUCCUAGCCGCGCUACCAGAGUCUCACGCGCCGGGUUUACUCUCCGUCUCGUCAUCCUCCACGUCAUCAGCGGCUCGUUUGAUUCCUACAAUACCUAAACGGCCGCCUGUAGUGGAUCGGGUUAAGUAUCUCCAGUCCGCACCAGUGAACGUUCCUGUAAAAUCAACGGCCCGAAGAGGAAGGCAUUUCGAUGAUGAUGAUGAUGAGGUGGAGGGUGGUGAUCAUGAGAUGUUAGUACCACCGCAUGAAUUUGUUGCGUCGAGGCAGCAAACACCGGUUUUGGCGUGCUCUGUGUUUGAAGGAGUUGGGAGGAAGUUGAAAGGGAGGGAUUUGAGGCAGGUCCGAAAUACUAUUUGGAACAAGACAGGUGUAUCUAUAUCCUAGUGGUAUUGGAUGGAGAUGUGUACUUUGAUGGAUCCUCCAAAUACAUUAGAAGCUGGUUAGAUUCAAACCUAACAACUGCAGACCAAAUCCAAUGUGGCGAGGAAUUCAUGCUGUAUAGAUAAAUGAUUAGAUAUUUGGAGGAUGUAAUAUGUACCUGUAUUAGACCACCUUUUGUCAGUCAAGGUCACGUGUUUCAACAAAUAGUUCUGAUUAUGAAAAAGAAAAGCUGCACAUCAAGCUUGAUGCAGAUAUAUUAGUCCAUGUAUAUUAAGCCGAUGCAACAAUAUCCAGCAAUUUGUGCCCCAGUAGUAAAUGAAAAUUACGUAAUAUGCCUUCGAUCUUCAAAUUCCCUCUUUGUGGUCAUUUACCCUGUACCAAAUGUCUCCACGUGUCCACGUAUAUCUGAGAAUUAAUAAGUUCAUUCGUGUCA